GUUCCAGAGAGCAACCAGAAAAAAAACAAAAAAAAAAAACAAAUCAUAACUGGUUUUAACUAUAGAAGUGGAUUCUGAUGGCUUUUUCAAACUUUACCAACCAGUCUCAAGGCAUGGCUGGAAUUCCAUUUCCAUCUUCCAUCUCCAAUAACGAUGAACAAGGUCUCAACGUGAGCAAAACUGCCGUAAUUAUUCUGACCAGCAAUCUCACCACAGUCUUCAUCCCUGUGGUCUACAUCAUCAUCUUCAUUUUGGGGUUACCCCCUAACGCCUUGGCCAUCUGGGUGUUCCUCUUCAGAACGAAGAAGAAGCAUCCAGCGUCCAUCCUGAUGGCCAACCUCGCGCUGGCUGACCUGCUCUUCAUCAUCAUGCUUCCACUGAAGAUCCACUAUCACUUCAACGGCAACGACUGGAUCUUCGGGAAACCACUGUGUAAACUUUUCACAGGCUUCUUCUACGGGAACAUGUACUGCUCUACUGUCUUCAUUUCCUACAUCAGCGUGCAGCGCUACUGGGCAGUCUCUCACCCAUUUUCUCGGAAAGUAGACAACCGUGUCGUGUUGUGUAUAUCCAUCUGUUUGUGGGUUCUGGUCGCCCUGUCCACCAUCCCGCUCUACAUUUACGACCAAGCUAUCAAAAUUAACAAUCUCAACAUCACCACUUGCCAUGACGUCAAUCGAAUCAAAGAGUUACACAUCCCUGUUAGAUAUUUCCUGACUAUGGGCGUUAUGGGAUAUGUAGUUCCCUGUGUGGUGUGCGUAGCAGCAUAUCUGCUGAUGUUUCGCUCUCUCAGGGGUUCGAUAACAGAUGCACGCUCCAACAAGAAGAAAAAGAAGGCCGUUUUUCUCAUGUUGACGGUGGUGGUACUGUUUCUGGUGUGUUUCACUCCCAGCAACGUCAUGCUAAUGGUGCACUACUCUCUUGCUGGUUUAGAGAUUCAGAACGAAGCUUACCGGGUGUACAUCGUCGCGCUGUGUCUGGGCAGCCUGAACAGCUGUCUGGACCCGUUCACGUAUUACUUUACCUCAAAAGAGUUUCGCGAGCACGUGAAGAACACGCUGAAGUGUCGCAGUGAGCGUUCAGCCAAGCAGUUGAUGGUUUCCUUCACUCCUGUGAGGCCUUCCACAGAAAACCACACCCUGUCAUCUCACACAUCUACAGUGGAGCAUCAGGCUGAAGGUCCUCAAAAUACUCUCGAGAAAACACUGGAAUAAAAGAAUCAAUGGGUAUUAGAUGAAUAAGUCCAAUAAAUAAAUGUCCAAUCAGAGGUAUUUAGCCAAUAAGGUGAAUGAGGUACCUUAGGCUUGUACAUGAGUGUCAGUGUUGCAGGGUCAGGAUAAGGAUGUGUCUGCAGUAUGUGGUCCUUCUGAGUUGGGCACAAAAGCAGACCAGUCGAGAUUAAAUGAGGAAGAUGAGAACUUAAAUUAGAGCUUUUAGAUAACCUGCAACAAAAAGAGUUUUUUUAUACUGCACUAAAGGUAAUAAAUCUUUUGGAAUUGUAAAUAUCCUUUUUUGUUUGUCCAUAUACUGUACAUCCAGCCUUCGCGUAAAAAAAAGCUCAAUAAAAAAAUAAAAAUAAAAAAAUAAUAUUAUAAUAAUAUUCACCUCUUAAUAUUCACCUCUUAAUGGGGAAAAAGCUAGCAAGUAGCACGGUUAGCGGCUAAUGCUAAUACUGCUGGAGAACUAAACUGAAACUUCUGUAUAACGCUGUACUUCAGCGGAGUGGCUUCAUUGCUUGUUAAUACCUGACUGGUAAAAUGUAUCCAGAUUAAAAGGCGCACUGUCGAGUUCUGGGAAAAUAAAAGGAGUUUAAAUGUGCCUUAUAGUGCAGAAAAUAUGGUACAUUGCUGUGUUGAUGUAAGUCAUUGAACUAUAAACUGUCUGCAAUAUUUUGUCAAGCUUUUCGCUAUUUAUUUGACCCAUUUUUAGUGCAUUCUUCAUUUUCCUACCUGCAUUUUUUUGUGUAGAAAGGUGCUAAAAAGUUAUUGUAGUAUGUUGCAUUAUAAUGCAUAAUAUGCUAUUAUAUAAUAUAACAGCAUGAAGACUAUUAAUGCUAUCCAAUUUCAAUAUUAUUACAAUAUUAUUAUUAUUCCUUACAAAUCACAUAUUUUAAUCUAAAUGUAUCUCUUGGUCAAUAGAAUAUGGUGAUAUCAGAUUGUUAUAAUCAGUUUUAGGGAGUGUUUAUGAUAUAUGUUAUGGUUUUCCUCUUUAAAUACUAUUUAUCCAGAAUAUACAACUUAUAUGCAUAAGAGGAAUAUACAUAAUAACAUCUAAACUUAUCUAAACUGUAAAGUUUUAUCAUGGAUAUCACAAUGUAUUAUUAAAACAUUAUAUGU